CGCUCGUUAUACCGGCUUUACGGUAAAUGUCACCUAGAACUAUAAUAAGGGAGCGUGACGCUUGACAAACUGAUAUACUCUCUCUCUCUGUCUCUCUUUACCUUUCUUUACCAUGACUUAUUAUGGUGCGUUUUGAAUCCCAGUUGGACAGUAAGGUGUGUUUGGUUCAUUUUAAAAGAAAAACGUCGUUUACAAUGGCUAACGGGAGCCAGGAUGAAGCGAACAGGGAUUUGUUUUUGUUUCUUGAGCCGGAAGUGGAAGCUUCAUGGCAGUUGCGCGCUUGUUUAGGAGUUUAAAACAAGGCAAUUUCACAAAUGUGGACUUGUCUGUGUGUCGGGAAUGGGAGAUGAUGUCGGCUGCGUGAAUGUGGCCUCGAAUAAUAUGCUUAGUUUUACUGGAGAAAGCGUCGAUAAUGUCUCGGACGUGGCUGUUGAAGUUGGGACACAAAGCUCUGAUUUUGGAGAGAAAGACGAAGAGACCAAGGAGCCGAGUGUGGACAAUGUCUUGGACUCGCAGUACUACAAAAACGAAAGCAGGGAUAAAGACACGUGUAGAACAACGUCACCGGUAGAAAUCCUGAAGAGAAAUUUUGGAAUACGUAAAACAUCUGUAACUGGUGGUGACGGUAACGUGGAAACCCCGAGAGAGUCGGACAAAGUCGACUCCAUGCUGGAGAACUUGGACCAGAGAAGGAACCGAAGGACACGACUAUAUAGCAACUCUCUACACGACGAAGAGGAAAAUCCCAGAUCAGAAGUCCCAGAUCUCUUAACAUCCUUGGAAUUAGAAGAUCCAGAACUUCAUGUUUCUGGAGGAAACCGUGAUUCCAUAAGCGCAGAUGAACAUCACCGAUCCAAAGAGCACGUCUACUGCACCGUAUACUGUAUAGCCAAUGACAACUACAGGAAACCUUCAGAAACCACACUGUCAUCGGAACAUGGGAGUCCGUCUCAGUCGGAUGUGUAUGUUUUACCUCAUACGGACUCCUCAAAUUCAGAUCCAGAUCCAGAACUUGAUCAUUUUCCAGAGAUGUACACGUUGAGUGACCUUGUAGAACCUCCAAUGUUGAACAAUGUUCUCUACGUGGGUAACGUCCCCUUACAGUGUCGCGUGUGUCUUGUUGUCAGAUCCAUCACUUCCCUGCACUGUUGCAAAAAGCCAGUGUGUGAAGAGUGUAUGAAAACAUACAUCACUUCUCAGGUUGUCUCAGGCCUUGCGGAGAUAGUGUGUCCGAUCCCUGAGUGCAGCGGGUACCUGGCCGAGAGCGUGGUGCUGGCCCACCUGGCCUCUGAGAAUGUGGCGAAGUACAAGUACUUCCUGGAACUUGGCAGACUGGACUCGGGAACUAAGACCUGUCCAAAGUGUAGCUUGUUCACUUCGCUGAAGGGACGCGGAGAGCCAACGCACAGCAAAGUUGAGCCCAAGUUCAAGAUCCAGUGCAGUAAGUGCGAGUUGGUGUGGUGUUUUAGAUGCCAUGCACCUUGGCAUGAGGGUUUGAAGUGCCGCGAGUACAGGAAGGGAGACAAGCUGCUGCAUAACUGGGCCAGCAUUAUCGAGCACGGACAGAGGAACGCCCAGAAAUGCCCACGCUGCAAGGUCCAUAUCCAGAGAGUGGAUGGGUGCGAUCACAUGACUUGCAGGCAGUGCAACACCAACUUCUGUUACCGCUGUGGUGAGAAAUAUCGGCAGCUGCGCUUUUUCGGAGAUCACACCUCCAACCUGAGCGUGUUCGGCUGCAAGUACCGCUAUCUGCCCGAGAAACCGCAUCUGCGUCGCUUCAUCCGUGGAUCGGUGUGCGCAGGUAAAGUGCUGGUGGCACCGGUGCUCAUUGUGCUUGUGGUGGUGAUCGGAGCCUUGGCUCUGGUUAUAGGUCUGGUCGCAUUCCCCAUUUACUACAUCUGUAAGAAGAAUAAACACCCUAAUGGCAUGGGACGCUGGCUGUGCUAAGACUGCGCUUCUCUCACACACACUCACAUGCGCACUACACACUGAUAUGGAUGAUGGUCAAGUGAAUGCUCUGUUGUUUUCCUUUACCUCCAACAUGGUUGGCUUCUCCAUCAAGGAUUUUCACAGCACAACAGCGUAUGUGAGAGUUCAUCCAGUUUACACACUUUCCUGUAGACGGAAUUGGCGCUUCAUGUGCGAGUCGUUUGUUCUUUUUACCACAUAGAAUGCUUUUAUCUGGAUGUUUCAAGUGAUUAUUUAGGGGCAAUGAGGGUGAUGGAUAUGUCAAUGGGUAUUCAGUUCAUACACACACACCCUGACCCAGCAUGUUGCACUGCAUCUCUACUGGAAUUUUGCACCCUCAUCAAAAGUAAGUGUGUGUGUGUGUGUGUGUGUGUGUGUGUGUGUGUGUGUGUGUGUGUGUGUGUGUGUGUGUGUGUGUGUGUGUGUGUGUGUGUGUGUGUGUGUGUGUGUGUGUGUGUGUGUGUGUGCAUUUAUUCGUUCGUUCCCGCACUGAAGACAACAGCCGCUGCAGAUUAGCCAGGGAUCUAUGCCAAAUUCGGAUGCUGAGCAGACUUAAUGCCAGGGAGAUUAUCACCAUGCCAUUUGUAUCAGUCCUGAUGCCUUGUUUACCCCUCACAACAUGCACCAUGUAUCUGCAGAUCCAUAUCCAAACUUGCCUGUGCUAUUACACUUGGUAUUUAUAUGUAUUCAGUGUUGGAGGUGCGAGGUGUAAUUGGGAGGCAGUUAGAGGUGACGUUAUACUCGCUUUUCUUUAGCCAGCAGGGGUGCCAAUAUUUAUGGUUUAGUUGCAUGUUUGCAGGGGAUACAUGAAAAGUUUGGUUUUCUGCUUUUUUUUUUUUUGAGCUAAACUAGUUAUCAGGUUAAACAGACAGUUCACUGAAGGGGAAAGGACACAGGAUGUGGAAAAUCCAUGACCUCGAAACAAGAGGGCGAGGUUUGUAGUCUCUGAUCAGUAAAAGCAUAAGUGCUGUUUAUCGUUUAUGCUGUUGACAUUGAGCCACCCCAUCUGUCGUCACGCUGCAUUUUCAUUUUUAGCAUUUUAAAAUGCCUGUGAUGCAGUUCUGCAGUAAACAGUUGCCACUUCGUUCAAUGCUUGUUUAUCACAUCAGGUAGAUACGAUUGGAAAAAUUGCUGUAGUGUGUAGACAAAUGUGGGUAUAAGGAUAGCCAUUAUAUUUAAUAUUUAUAUUUUACAUUUUUCAUGUAAAUGAGAGCAAAUCAGUUUGUCGUAUAUGUGUUGCAAUGGCGUUUGAUUUAAUUCUUAAAAAUUUUGAUUUAAGAAAAAAAACAGCAUUACAUGCAAAGGAGAGAGCUUUCAGAACUAAUAUAUAUACGUAUAUACAUAUAUAUGCAUGUAUAUACGUGUAUAUAUAUAUGUGUGUGUGUGUGUGUGUGUGUGUGUAAGUAAAUAUAUAUUUAUAUAUAAAUUUGAUUAAAAAAAUGUAGGGUUUUCCUAAAAUGCCACACAAAGCGUUCUGAAAGCUGAACUGAAAAUACUGGCACCUUUAAUCAGAUCUGGUGAUAAGUUAAAAAAAAAAAAAAAAAGCACUGUAUUGGUGUGAAUACAUGUAAAUAUCCAUACCUGGGGCUUCACACCCAAAGGAUGCCACAAACCCACUAAAUCUAGGUCAUGAUGUACUGUAUGUUUUUCCAGUGAUCAUAAAAUCGCAAGUUAAUAUGAAGUGUAAACGAGGCCUGAUGUUCACACGGCGAACAUCUGAAGGCACAUCUGUAUUCUCCAGUACAGUUGAAGUAAAAAUUCUACAUCCAAAAAAAAAAAAGAUGAAACCAAGAUAAAUGAUGUCAGAACUUUUUCCACCCGCACUGUGGAAUUACAAAAUAAAGGGGAAACCAUCCAGGAACAUUUUAGGAAACAAACUAGGGGACUAUAAUGUGGUUGCAUAAGUAUUGCUGUCUCUUAACCAAUACUCUAUUGAAGCACCUUCUGAUUUUAUUACACUACUCAGGGUUUUUGUGUAAGAGGCUAUCAGCACGGCACAUUGCAACUUGGCAAAUAUUUUCCCACACUUUCUGCACAAAUAUUUAAGAACCUUUCAAUUGUACAGACAGCUUCAUGUCUGAGCUCUGACUAAUCUGGAUCUUCUCUUGAUUAAGCUGUUCCUUUGUUGAUUUAGAUGCUUCAGGUCGUUGUGGUGCAGAAAGGCGAAAUUCCUUUUCAGCUUACUAGCAAACACCUGAAACGUUUGGACUAAAAUCGACUGUUAUGAUUGUUUCUACCUUCAUAAUAGUCCCAGUUCUGGUUGAAGAAAAGCAGCAGUGAAGCAUAAUGCUACCACCACCACCAUACUUCACUGUGGGUAGGGUGGUUUUUUUUGGGUUUGUUUUUUUUUUCCCCCACAAACAUACCUUUUGGAAUUGGUCUCAUCAGACCGUAACACACUUUGCCACAUGGACUGGAGUAACCUAGUUAAGCCUGGAUGUUUUUUCCUCUAACUGUCCUACACCAUGGCCCAGUCAUGAAGAAAAGGAGAGAUUGUUGAGAGUAAUCAGCAUAUGUCUGAUAUUCCUGCAGCUCCUUUAAUGUUGCUGUAGGUCUCUUGGUAGCCUCUCUGGUUUAUUUUAGUCUUGUCCUCAGGACAUCCUGUUCUUAGUGAUGUCUCUGUUGUGAGACAUUUGUCUUUAUUUGUUCAGGAUGGGCUUUGCAGUGCUUCCAAGGUACAUCUCAUUUUUUUACCCCUCUCCUCUCCCAUCAACACCUACACUAAUCUUUAUGUUUUUAAACAGAAUCAUCUCACUGAUGACAGCUUAUUUUGUACAUUCAUACUGAUGGUGAAAAAAGUUCUGACUUGUUUCUUUACAUCACAAAUUCCAGACAUUUUCACAGGGGUGUGUAGACUUUUCAAAAUCCAUUGUAUAUCUGUUUAUUCCCAGGUUCAUCCUAUAGAAGUGAACCUCCAGUAUAUUUGCACAUGUGUUCCGUAUCUGAACUUUGACACCAGUGACGUCCGUUGAAUCAUUAAUGAUGAGCGGCUGAUAUAACGGCGAUGAAUAUCACAGACUCAUAUCCAGUGUUGUAUAAUACGCUCACAUGUUUGUUACAAACAUUGACUCGAGAAAGGCACGGUGUCUGAGGCGGACGAGGCGCUCGUACCACAGCUUACCUACAGAGUUUCGGUGAUGACAAUCACACGUUUCCAUCUAACAUACGAUCAGGCUGGAGAUUUUCACGGCACUUUUAUUCUCAGGGAGUGCAUUCGGACAUUCACACACAACUCUUUCACUCCUGCAAUGGUGUUUGUCAGAUCACAGCCUUGCUCUCGCAUCGAGAAUCAGAAACAAGGAAAAGGUCCAUGGACAUUUAUUUGAGACCUGCUGUUGCACUCUGCUGUGAGCCAAAGGCCCUGACUGGGUCACUUUCAGUGGUAUUACUGAUGUAUUUCUGAUGUAUCUUUUAUCCUUUUGUGCCUUUUAAUAUGCUGUAAAUGGGAUUGUUUUAGAGGGAUUUUUUUUUUUAAAACUUAUUUGAAUUCUGAGUCGCAUUUAAGUCAUGAGUGCAUGCACACUUUCCAAAUGAUCCUGUGGUACAUGUAUGAGACCACCGCACAAUCCAUUUUUUUUUAAUAAUUAACAAUUUUGGUAUGGAUACACCUUAUAUGUAUGUAUGUUUUUUUUCUUCUUGAUUUUGUUUUGUACCUCCCCAAAUCCUCUUACAAUGCUUAAUCUUGUACGCUGCUGCACUUUAUGUUCAGAGUCUGAUGUGUCGGUCAACUCCGGCAGACCAUGGUUACUACGUGGAAUUAAAAGGACCGGGGUGAAAUACAAAGAUUUGUUUAUUAAUCUUGACGGUGUAAUAAUAGUGACCCAAAUAUCUGGUUUUGGCCUUAAUGCUAAUAAUUAAAAAGACACAAUGCAACAAACACUGCAAGUAGAACA